CCGGAAGUGGCUGAGUGUGCGGGGCCAAGAUGAAUUCUAGAGGCUCUUCUUCUCUGUUGAAGGAUAGUAUCCCAAUUACUGAAUUUUCAGCUUCAGAAACACUUGAAGGUCAUGAUCUUCUGCGCAGAGGGUUUAGGAGUGUGAAAAGUGAAUUGUUGCCCAGCCACCCUCUGGAGCUGUCAGAAAAAAAUUUCCAGUUAAAUCAAGAUAAAACAAACUUUGCUACACUGAGAAAUAUUCAAGGACUUCAUGCACCUUUAAAGCUGCAGAUGGAAUUCAGAGCAGUGAAACAGGUCCAGCGUUUCCCAUUUCUUUACAGCUCAAACAUGGCACUGGAUACUCUGAGGGGAAAUGAUGAAUGCAUCAGCUUUGAGGAUAUCCUUAAUGAUCCUUCACAGAGUGAGGUUAUGGGAGAACCACACAUGAUGAUGGAAUACAAGCUUGGUUUAUUGUAACAAAAUGUACUCCACAAAAACGUUUUUUUUGUGUGUGUCUUUAUACUGCAGAUCUAAAUGCAUGAUAACUACAUUGACACUCAGAGUGUUAAGCAGUUUUUGCCUUCCUUGAUGAAAAGGCAUAUUAAAUGUUUAAAGUCUAUAAAGUGUUCUGUGCUUGUUGUUAAUUAUAUAAAUGUCCUGUAACUAGGUAGUUUAAAUGAUGUCUCUUCAUACACUGCUCAGGACGAUAGCUUCUUAAUUAUGGAAAUGCCAUAUAUGUGUACAGGAAAUCAGAAAUACCCAUGCAUUUUAAAACUGAUUACUGUAGGUAAAUGCAUUUAACGAAUGUUUGCAGAAGAACUUUUUAUGAGGGGAAAAAAAGGUGUUUUCCAUUGAGUAACUCUUUGUUCAUGAAAAUUGCCAUACAGUUUUUAAACUAUUGAAUAAAAGUUUGCUAUAAAUGCUACUGCGUUCCAAAAUAUAUUUAAUCAUAAAGCAAGAGUCUCUUAUCCCCAACACAGAGUUCACAUCUUUAACUUUUGCACUGCUGAUGGAAUCCUCCUAUGUACAUUUUAUCAUCUUUCACCUCUGCCCUGUGGAGUUUUUCAUGAAUGAGAUGUUAAAGUUUUUCUGUAGAAUUGGAAUUAUUACUGUAAGAAGGGAGUUACAUGGUCUGGAUUUUUAAAUAUGUGUCCCUGAGAGGAUAUUGUGGUUUCUGAAGCAAGUUCCCCUUGGAAUUUAAAGAGGUAUUUUAAAAUCCAUUUGGGAGUAUAAUCCAAA